CCACACUUUUCUCAAUUUAUGCCUUAAGUGACAUUUUGCCCAAACCACACUUAGAACUGUGGCGUCAGUUUGUGUUGGCAUGUUCUUUUAUUUGUUCUCCAGUGAUUUCUGAAACAAGAGCCUUGCUCGCUCACUCUUAUUUGCUUAAUUUCUGUAAAGGUUUUGAACAAUUGUAUGGCAACCACAGAGUGACUCCAAACAUGCAUCUGCACACACACCUUGUGGACUGUAUCUUAGACUUUGGACCUGUGUAUUCAUUUUGGUUGUUCAGUUUUGAACGGUAUAAUGGCAUUGUGGGAGACUAUGGGACUAACCAGAGGUCAGUUGAAAUACAGCUUAUGCGAAAGUUUAUUUCCAAUCAAUUUGUAAAAGACUUGCCAUUGCCUAGCAAGUUUCAUGAACAUUUUAAACCUAUUAUGGAAAGAUUUAUUUCCAGACAAACAGGCAGCUUACAAGAAUACUCUUUGAGUAAAGAAAACAUUGAUUCUAGAAACUUAAUCAUGACCAGUAUGCUUUCUAUUGGAAAUGUCUGCAAAGAUGUCACUUGGUCUGCCGAAGAUUCCUCAUAUGUUUGUUGUGGGCCUCAUCACAGAGAUUGCUUGGGCAACGAGUUCCUCCCAUAUUUAAAGAAGUGCUACACAAGCAUUUUUGAUGAUGUGGAUGAAGAAUCCAUUACUGGCCAUUUCAAGAGAUUUGCAUUGUGCACAUUUUCUGGAGAUAAAUAUGGUUCAAGCCUAUCACGAGGAGACAGAUCAUCAUAUAUUCUUGCAAGGUGGUGUGCUCUUGGAGGAAAAAUUGACACCAGUGGAAGUGAUCUUAGGCCUGGAAUCAUUCAGUUUUUCAUGGAACAGACAAUCAAAGUCAAUGGACAGCCUGUUCCAUGCAUACUUGCUUUUGUGCGCUGGUUUCAAUCACAUCCUUCACGGUACUCCUUAGGUGCUCCAGUGGAGGUGUGGUGCAAGGAUCUCUUUGAAUUGGAAGGCGAGGCUACUUUCAUUCCUGUUAAGAGAGUACAUGGAAGGUUUGUGCCAGUAUUUGGUGUCAUUCAACGGGAGCAUGUGUUAGUAGUUUGUCCUCUUCCACGCAAACUACACUGUUAACGUUUUUAAUCUGUUAAAUGUUGGACUCUGCAAUGAGUUACAAUAUUACAGAAUUUGAAAUUUUUUAAAAAAAAAUUUAAACAGAGUAAUUGAAAAGUCUCCUUUGAACAAAGACUGUGUUUCUAUUUUGUGGCUAAAUUUCAUUUGUGGAAAAGGACUCCACUUUUUGAACCAUUAUAAAUAAACUUUUUAUGAUUAAUGUAUUUUUAACUUUAGUUUUUAAAAACUUUUAUAGGCGUGUAAGAGCACUUAUGACUCAGUGACAAUCAAAAAUUGGAGUCAUAAUCAGAGUCAUACAUCGUGUAAGACUCGAUCUGGUGAAAAAACAAUCCAUUCAAAGGCAUUGUGAUGAGUUUAAUUCUGCUUCUGCUUGCAAUUGGGUUUUCACUAGUUGGUAAGUGAUGGAGUCGUAAGUGGAAUUAAAAUGCUGUUUUCACACUUCUGAUUACGACUCUGACUGUGACUCUGUUGUUAGUGAAAAACAGCUUUAAGGGUAACAAUAAUAUUUUGAAACAGUUGGUCAUUUCAGGAAGGAUAGUUUAUAGUUGCCUGGCCUGUUUACAUUCAUUCAUAAAUAGUAUGGUGGAAAAAGGCCACAAUAGGGUCUUUACAUAACUGUGAUCACAUGAUCAACCUUUGGUAAACACGAAAACAGUUCUUUUUUAAAUAAUUUUGUUAGCACAAGCUGAAAAGCAUAUUAAAAUUAGGUAGCCUGAGAAUUUUCAGUCAUAUAUUUCAAAAGUAGUGAGUGCAACGGCCACUCAAAGUUAGAAGUAUUUGUAUGAGAAAAACAACUUUUGCCACUCAGUCACUCUUGCAUGGUUUUUGAUACAAAUCCUUGUAAGUUCUAAAAUUUUUUAAACUGUCGUUUAAUCCUUUCCUUACACAUUUAAGGGCUCAAAUUGCCUGUUAUGAAUUAAAAGGAUAUUUGAGCCCUG